AUGACUGAGAAAGACUAUGUGGUUGUUUUGGCGGGAAGCAACGACAUGCAUUUACACGAGCCCAGUCAGCUGACUUUACAGCAAGGUCUCGAUGCAUUGUUUUCUCUACCUAAUCGGACGAAUGUGAUUUUACACUCGAUUCCUUACCGAUAUGACAACCCUGACCUCAAUAACGACAUAUAUUUUGCCAAUCUGCAAAUAAAAAAUAUUUUGGGGAAAUAUAAUGGAAACCUCAACAUCACUUUCAUAGAAACGGUAUCUCUGUACGACACUCCUGCCGUUCGUUCAGGGGCAGCCAUCAAGGACGACUCCAUCACAGAGUUUCGGGGCUUCUCACCCUGUCGCCGUGGGUUACAAGGAUCAUCGGUUGUUCGAGAAGGAUCUGCUUGUGACAACGGUGAACAAUCUUUUGUGGUAGUUGGUGCAGCCGAUAAUGAUAAUAUUGCUCAAUCAAAUGUAACAGCUCAGAACUUGUUGGAGCUGAAUACUGUUUUCUCCUCUGUUCAGGAUAAGCCUAUUUUCAACUUCCAUGAGGUCUCUCCUACUGAAAUUCUCAAUGUGGUUCGCAGCCUUAAAUCUUCGGCAAGUGUUGACAUUUAUGGUUUCUCAAGUAAUGUCUUAAAGAAAAUUAUUGAGCACAUCUUGAGCCCUUUGACUUAUUGCAUAAAUAGAUGUCUUAGAGAUGGUGUUUUUCCAGAAGCUCUUAAAGUCUCUAGAGUUGUACCUGUAUAUAAAAAGGGGUCAAAAGUUGAUCCAGGUAGCUAUCGUCCCAUCUCUUUAGUACCUUGUUUUUCCAAAGUCAUUGAGACCAUAAUACAUAGGCAACUAUAUAGAUACCUAAUAAGACACAAUAUUAUAAGUAAUGUUCAGUACGGUUUUGUUAAAGGUAGGUCUACUACAGGAGCAAUGGAUGCCCUUAUCAAGGGUAUUCUAAAAUCAUUUGAAAAUAAAGAAUUUGCUCAAGCAACCUUCUGUGACCUGAGCCGAGCGUUCGAUACUGUGAACCAUUCUCUACUGCUUAAUAAAUUGAGUUUCUAUGGAGUAUGUGGAGUAGAUCUCAGUCUAUUUGGAGCCUAUCUUGUAGGAC